CAGAUUGGUGCUCUCUCUCUCUCUCUCUCUCUCUCUCCUCUCUCUGAUUGAUGCUUUCACAAGUACAAAACCAGCAAUCCAAUGGAGAAACUCUCUGAAACGUCUUUUGGGACUCCAAUUCAAUCAGAAACGACCCUUUUCGACUCCAAAACUCCCAAUUCCGAACAGCAAACAGAUCAAAAUUGCCCAAAUUCUUGCACUGAUUCUCAGAAACCAAGCACUCCUGAUCGUCUUAAGGUUCCCAAGGCGUUCAAGUACCCUGAAAGGUAUACAAGCCCAACUGAUCUUGUGGUAUCACCCGUCUCUAAAGUACUUGCUAGAAGUAGAAAGUCUGGAACACUCUUGCCGCCCACUAAAAUUCAACCCAAGAUGCAAGAUUCAACUUUUGAGGAGGUGGGACUUUUUUCAAAUUUAAAGCAUCAAGAACAGAGCUGUUGAUUUCUCCAUCGAUGAUUCUUCUUGAUUCAGUCUGAAGAUCUCUAUUAGGGUUUAUUUGUAGGUUUUGAGAAGGUUUCAGGGAUGAAUUGCAAAGCUCAUUUCUUUCUAUUCAUUUGUGGUUUUAACUUUUUAAGAUUCGAUGCAAGGUUUUUUUACAUGUAAUUCUAAGUUUAGUUUUGUAAUAAGAAAUGGGGAUUUAGAAAUAAAAAAAUUAUUUCUUGUUGGAAAAGAA